AUGCCCGGCAAGACGCCCAAGAGCAACGGCAACGAGCCGAUCGAAAACGGCAUCAGGAGUAACGGCGACAUCGACAUGAAAGACGCUGGUAAGACCAAAGGCAAGAAGGGCGCUAAGGAUGGGGAUGAGGAGAUGACAGUUGUAGUGCCUCCCUCCAAGGGUUCAAAACAGUCAUCCAAGCAGCCUCACGAUGCUGACGGUGACGUGUCAAUGGGUGGUGAGGACACGGCCGAUGGCAACGAGGUCAAGGUUGAUCCUGUUGUCCAAACAGUAACAGAUAUCAAGAGCAACUUCGCAUUAUUAGAUCGAGCUGUUGCGCUGUUCGAUUCCAGAUUUUCUCUACGGGCCCUCCGAUCCAUCUCCCUCAUUCGCAAGCGCCUGACUGCGGACAUAGUUGGUCAGGCCAUCGUCGAGACCUUCCCAGCUACUGUUACAUCUGGCAACGUUGCGAAGAGCCUCCUCGUUGCUAUCGGUCGGGAAAGCAUGCCUCUGGGCCGCCAGCCUGGUUCCGAUAUGGAGAUUGACUCUGGCGAUGCCAAGGCCCCCAAGAACGGCAAGAAGGAAACCAAGGAAAUCAUCCCAGAAAUUGACAUUUUCCUCGGUAUUCUCAUCCAGGUCUACCUCUUUGACACAAAGAAGUAUCAGCAGGGUGCGGAUUUCUCCCGAUACCUCUCGGAUCGCAUUCAGUCUCUGAACCGCCGCACUCUUGACUGUCUUUCCGCCAAGGUCUACUUCUACUACUCGCUUUUCUGCGAGCACAUGGCACCGCUGCCGCCAUCCCCCGAAUCCCCCAUUGUUUCCAUCCGACCAACUCUGCUAGCCGCUUUACGAACCGCCGUCCUACGAAAAGACAUCGACACACAAGCAUCAGUCAUUGUGCUACUCCUCCGCAACUAUCUCUUGACGUCCCACAUUAGCCAAGCUGAUUUGCUUGUUUCCCACACCCAGUUUCCCGAGAAUGCUGUCAACAACCAGGUGGCCCGUUUCUUGUACUACCUUGGUCGCAUCAGGGCGAUCCAGCUGCGAUACACGGAGGCGCACGAGCAUCUCACGGCGGCCACCCGCAAGGCCCCGUCGAGCAAUUGUGCUGUUGGCUUUUCACAGACGGCAACUAAGCUUCUGAUGGUUGUUGAAUUGCUGAUGGGUGACAUCCCCGAGCGAGCAACUUUCCGCCAACCUGCCCUGGAGGAUGCUCUUCACCCCUACUUCUUGCUUGUGCAAGCUGUCCGCGUUGGCAACCUCGAGGAUUUUGAGACGACGAUUGCCGACCAUGCCGAUACAUUCCGACGUGACGGAACCUAUUCGCUCAUCCUCCGCCUCCGCCAGAAUGUCAUCAAGACAGGCAUCCGCAUGAUGUCUCUGUCUUAUUCUCGUAUCUCGCUUCGGGACAUCUGUAUCCGCCUGCAUCUCGGUAGUGAAGAGUCUGCCGAAUACAUUGUAGCAAAGGCUAUUAGAGAUGGCGUUAUUGAAGCCACUCUGGACCGGGAGCGAGGCUUCAUGAAGAGCAAGGAAGUCGGGGAUGUCUAUGCCACGAGAGAGCCUGGUGAGGCCUUCCACGACCGAAUUCGGGCAUGUCUCGCCCUUCACGACGAGAGUGUCAAGGCCAUGCGUUUCCCAAUGAAUCAACACCGACUGGAACUUAAGAAUGCUCAAGAGGCCCGAGAGCGCGAGCGUGAAAUGGCCAAAGAGAUACAGGAGGGUGAUCUAGACGAGGAUGAUUUGGGCGGAGAUUUUGAUGGCAUGUAA